CGGGCCGGGGGGGUUCCUAGGUCGAGAAAUUGUUCGAGAAAGGCGGUGGCCAUGAUUGAUAAAAACAACAAGGGAGUGAACUUUGUUUUGUAGUGGAUAAAGUUCUCAAAAUGACGUCUAUUGCGAGUAUACCCCGCAAAUUGCCAUUGCUGCUAGUCACUGAAGAUGUUCUGCUGCCAGGGUCGUCGAUCAGGGUGUCUGUUACCUCCUCAGCCAACAUUGCUAUGGUGAAGAGUCGUCUACUCAGCAAGAGUUCCCUAUCCAGUUCCAUUAUUGGAGUUCUUCCCAAGGAACCGGGACAAUUUGAUUCUGAUGACGUUGGAGCUCUGCACAACAUUGGCACAGCAGCUCUAGUGGUGCAGGUAACUGGUACAAACUGGCCUCGUCCAUCCUUUACUCUUCUGGUUACUGGCUUGUGUCGUUUCCGACUUGAUAAACUUGUAAUGGAGGUGCCAUAUCCUGUUGGUGUUGUGACACAAUUGGACAAACUUUCAAUAGAUGAUGAUGAUGAUGAAAAUCCCGAGUUUGCUGCGUUAGUCGAAAAUUUCCGAAGUGAAUCAACUAAGCUAUUAGACAUGCUAGAUGUAUCAAGUCCUGUUGUUGCAAGACUAAAGAAAAUGCUCAAUUCCAUCCCUCACACUAUGCUAGCUGAUCUUGUUGCUUCUCUAACUAAAGCAUCUUUUACUGAGAAAUUGGAAAUUCUGGAUGCUAUAGAUCUAAUGGAACGCUUCAAGAAAGCCUUGCCUCUUCUUGUCCGACAAGUUAAGAUGCUGGAAGUUAUUCGGAAGGGUACAUCUUUGGAAAAUAAUUCUGGACGACGAAUCAUAGUACCUUUUCGAAUGAAUAUCGGUGACACCACUAAAGGAUCCAAGAGGGUUGAUGAUGAAGGAGAUACUAAUAGUGAUACAAAUGAUUUACUUGAACUACAGACAAAACUGAAAGAAGCCAAGUUACCUCCCCAAGCCAAGAAAGUUGCUGUUAAAGAUUUACAAAGGCUGAAAAGGAUGGGACCUUUCAGUCCAGAACAUGGUGUUAUUAGAAGUUGGUUGGAACUGAUUUCUGAAUUACCCUGGGCCCGUGCAUCUCAGGAAACAUUGGAUAUUCACAAAGCUCGGAAGGACCUCGAUGCAGAUCAUUACGCCAUGGACAAGUUGAAACGAAGGGUGCUAGAAUAUUUGGCUGUUCGUCAACUAAAGAACACCCUUAGGGGACCUAUUCUUUGCUUUGUGGGUCCACCAGGUGUUGGAAAGACCAGUGUUGGGAGGUCCAUUGCCAAUACUUUGGGGCGCGAGUUCUAUCGCAUUUCUCUUGGUGGAAUUUGCAAUCAGUCAGACAUAAGGGGCCACAGGAGGACAUACAUUGGCUCAAUGCCCGGUAGAAUUAUUCAGGGCCUUAAGGUGGUUGGCGUUAACAACCCUGUUUUUCUUCUGGAUGAAAUUGACAAAAUGGGAUCUGGAAUGCAUGGAGAUCCUGCUUCAGCCCUCUUAGAGGUGUUGGAUCCAGAGCAGAACUGCACAUUUGUGGACCACUACCUUAAUGUGCCGUUUGAUCUAUCUCAAGUAAUGUUCAUUGCCACUGCCAACACAACGAAAAGCAUUCCGGCUCCUCUUCUUGACCGGAUGGAAAUUAUACAUGUCCCAGGAUAUACGCAGGAAGAGAAGAUGCAGAUUGCUGAGAGACAUCUCCUUCCAAAGCAGUUGCGUGAGCAUGGCCUUGAUUCAACGCAUAUGCAGCUUCCUCAGGAUAGCUUGAAGACCCUGAUUGCACAGUACACUAGAGAGGCUGGUGUUCGAACUCUAGAACGCAAGUUGGGAGCCUUGUGCAGAGCUGUAGCAGUGCGUGUUGCAGAAAUGAAAUUAAAAAAGCCUUCGGAGGCAAACAUUGAGAGCAUUAGUGAUGAAGCACUGACUGAUGUUAGGAGUGGAGAAGUUGCAGAUGGGAGAGUAGAUGCUGCUUCUUGCGCUAUACCUCCACAGCUGCCCAUUCUUCUUGAUGAAGCAGCUCUUGAAGACAUACUUGGGCCUCCAAUUUAUGAUAGCGAUGAUAUUUGGUCACGGCUCGGCGUUCCUGGUGUGGCAGUUGGUUUGGCAUGGACUCAAACUGGAGGUCAUGUCAUGAUGGUUGAAGCGAGUAAAAUGGAAGGUGAUGGAGAAAUAGUGCUGACUGGUCAGCUUGGCAACAUAAUGCAGGAAUCAGCCCAUUUGGCUCUAAAUUGGGUGCGAACAGCUGCUCGAGAAUACGGGCUGAAACUUGAUGGUGAAAUGAUGUCUCACACUGAUAUCCACAUCCACUUCCCUGCUGGCGCUGUUGGUAAAGACGGACCUUCUGCUGGAGUGACAAUUGCCACUGCCCUCGUUUCGCUCUUCUCGGGCCGCCCAGUCGCCUCUGAUGUGGCAAUGACUGGAGAAAUUACUCUCAGAGGCAUUGUGCUACCUGUUGGUGGGAUCAAGGAAAAAGUUCUCGCAGCUCAUCGAGCUGGCCUUCGUAGAGUUAUCCUCCCUAAGAAAUGUGAGAAAGACCUGGUGGACAUUCCAGAAAGCAUCAAGAAAGAUCUCUUCUUCAUUCCUGUGACUCAUGUUGAUGAGGUGCUCCAAGCAGCUUUUGAGGGUGGAUUCCAUGCAAAUGUAGAAUUGGAUCAAGUAAGUGGGGCCUUGGGCAGCAAGUUGUAAUCGAUAUCAACUGUACCAGCUCUUAAAAUGUUGCCAAAUACGUAUGUUUCUCCAACGGUGCAAUAUGUUCUUUGAACAUUCCAAAGUACUUUUUUACUCAAAACUUAGGAUUGGAAAUGUCAAUGAGCUCUGGUUUACUUUUUCAGUCAGACUAGUUACCUUGUACUUAUGCUUUGUAAGUAAUAAGAUAAAUAUUAAAAAGCCAUUAGAAUAAUAUUUUUUUCCCUCUAUUAUUUAAUCUUGUACAGAGACUGAUGUGAGGUUUAACACCCCCUUGCACGUACCAUACCUCCAUCAGUCAAAAUUUUUGUCAGUUGUGUUUUUGAUUUGAAGUCCAUUAGUCAUAGUAAGGGAAAUUAUUUUAUGGUAUUGGUUGUGCUGGCUCAAUAAUUAUCUCUCUUCAACUAGUAGUUACUAUUUAUGGCAUUUGUAUCCUUCUUGUUUAACACAGCGAGUUAGAAAAUAGUCUUGGGUGUGAUGGGUCAUAGAGAAAAGAAAAAAUGUGAUAAUUAUUUACUAUAUUUCUUGUUGAUAAUAUAUUUCAUCUCUGUU